AGACACAUGCGCAAUACUGUCUAUCGAACACAACAAUGGCGGCCUCCAUACAGAUGCGCAGGUUAUACACGAGUGGACGGGGAACGUUUUUCAGAAGUUUACAUAAAAAUUAUUUUUGUUUCCGGAGAAAAAUUGCUUCGAAAACAGUUGCUGCAAAAAUACAACUGUCAGCCAAAAAAGAAGCUAAGGAUGAAAGAAAAUCUUUUUCCACACUUCAAGAAGAGAGACGCGAACAGGCAGAGAGAUCUGUGCUGAUCAGCUGUCCGCCAAAUAUCAGUGAGACGAAGUUUCUAAAACACAUGUCCAGACAUGGAAAUAUAAACAACUGUUUCUUUUACGAAAGUUUCGGCAUAUAUGCGGUGGUGGAGUUUUCUGAGAAAGAGAGUAUCGCCUCACUUCGGGAGGCGACCAGCAUUCCCAGCAUUCAACACGAGACGGCUGUGCCUUUCAAAACCAGACUGCUUUCGGUGAAAGCAAACAACUUCAGUCUGCCCAGCUCCCAGCCGUCUGUGCAGUGCCUGAAGCAAACCCCCAUUGGCAUUAAGGAGCUGAUUCUGAAGCUGUCACGAGAGGAUAGUAUAGACCAACAAUUAUAUUCUCUUAUGGAAGAGUACCAGCUGACUGAAGAGAACAUUUGCCUGCGCUUCCUCGUCUGUUCCUUACUCAAAGACAUUGCCGCUGCGUAUUUCCCAGAAUGCAUCAUAAGGCCAUUCGGCUCCUCAGUCAACGGUUUCGGGAAGCUUGGUUGCGAUCUGGAUAUGUUUUUGGAUCUUGAUGCUAUCAGUGGAAGGAAUAUAAAGCAGGCGGGGGGCGGGCUCUCGCUGGAGUACCAGCUGAAGAAGACCGCCUCGGAGCGGGCCGCCACCCAGAGCAUCCUGUCCGUCAUCGGGGAGUGCGUGGACCAGUUCGGGCCCGGCUGCGUCGGGGUGCAGAAGAUCCUCAACGCCCGCUGCCCCCUGGUGCGCUUCGCCCACCAGCCCUCGGGCUUCCAGUGCGACCUCACCGCCAACAACAGGGUGGCGAUGAAGAGCUCGGAGCUGCUGUACCUGUACGGCGGGCUGGACAAGCGUGUGCGGGCGAUGGUGCUCAGCCUGCGCUGCUGGGCCCGGACGCACGGCCUCACCAGCACCAUCCCGGGGGCCUGGCUCACCAACUUCUCCCUCACCGCCAUGGUCAUCUUCUUCCUGCAGAGGAGGAGCCCGGCCGUGCUGCCCACGCUGGACCAGCUCCGGGACCUCGCAGGGCCUGGGGAUAAAUGCAUCAUUGAAGGCAAUGACUGCACCUUCGUCAGCGACUUCAGCUGGGUGCGGGAUCAGAAAAACACAGAAAGUUUGGAGCAUCUGCUGCAGGAGUUCUUCGUGUUUUACGGCAACUUCGCCUUCAGCCGGAUGUCCGUCAACAUCAGGAAGGGCAAGGAGCAGAACAAGCCGGACACGUUUCCCCUGCACAUCCAGAACCCCUUCGAGCCGUCCCUCAACGUCAGCAAGAACGUGAACGCCACCCAGCUGGAGCGCCUGGUGACCCUGUGCCAGGAGAGCGCCUGGCUGCUGCAGGAGGGCGGGGCCAGCGGGCGGGGCCCCGCCAGGGACUCUCCGUGGGGGAUGGCCGCCCUCCUCCUACCCUCCCUGUCACAGUCGGUCAGGACCAAGGGCAGGAAGAGGAAGGCCAGGGAGCCGGCCAGCGAGAGGAUCAAGAGCCUGCUGGACUCCCUGAAGAGCGGCAAAAACGGCUCUUCCGCCAAACCCCACUAGAGGGCGGCGUUCUGCGGCAGGGACCCACGGACUUAGCUUACCGAAGGGGGAGUUCCUCCUGACGGGGCGCAGGGGGGAACAAAGCUUUCCGAAAAGAACAGAGCGCUCUGUGCCAAGCGCUGUAUCCUGCUGCUGCAAACAAGGACGAGUACUCUGCUUUCCUUUACCUCACUGAUGUGUAAAGAUGGCCGUACAUAGAAAUACUACAUUCAAACAUCACAUGGCAGGCAACAUCUUUUUUUGUUUAGUUUUAAGUUUUGUUCUGCAGUUUUCUUACCCCAUGUGUGUUUAUACAAAAUGUACCCCAAAAUGGACAUUUUUAACUGUAUUAACCAUCCAUUCAAACUCCUGAACAUGCUUUUACCAUACAAGUAAAACACCUUUGAGUUUAGUUUUUUUAUUUUUUAUUAUUGAAUGGUUUAGAGCUGAUUGCCGUUCUCAGAUUAAUAUAAACUUUUCCUCUUG